CCUAGCUGAAAUGCGAAGCUCAGAGUCUCGCCCGCCAUGGUGAAAAUGCUUCUGCGCUGGAAGACUCUUGCCCGGGGAAAACUUAAAUAAGAGACGAUCCUCGCCCGUCAGUCCCUCUGUGCGAAUCAGUCCUCCAUUCUUCUUCGCGUCCUUCUCCUUUCACAUACACACAAUGAAGGCUGUUACUUCCUGGAGCCUUGUGGCCCUCCUGCUGCAGGCCGCUGGCACUAACGCCGCGAUCCGGACCGAUCUCGGCGCCCGCAAUGUGCAGAUCGCGGAGAUGGACGGCACUGGUGUCCGCCAUGGGGAUCAGAUUGUCUUCUCCGACCCCCGCUCCGACUUCGAGGAGUACUUCCGUUGCGCUCCCGCGUCCGGCAAGCACCUCACCUUCAGCGCGUCUGGACGGUAUGCUGCCUGCUGCUACCCCUCUCAGCAGCUUAUUGGCAGCAUUGACACUGCCUUUGACUGCUGCGGUGAGGGCCACGAGCUCGCUGGCUCCAACAGAACUGGGUACCGCUGCUGCCCUAUCAGCCAGAUCUUCGAUGGCAAGGUCUGCAAGGCCCCUCAGCCUGUGUGUACUAAGGGCAAAGUGCUGGUGAACAACAAGUGUGUCUGCCCCGCCGGAUACUUCGAGAACGCUCUGGGCAACUGUGAGCGUACCUGCACCUCUGGUAUCUCCACUGGCAAGUGCUACACUUUCACCUGGGAGAACGCCGAGCGUCUCGGCUUCAACGCUGAGGGUUACUACCUCGCCGCUCAGGACGACCUCCAGCAGAAGUUCGGCAAGUUCCAGCUCUGCAAGGACGAAGUCUGCACGCCCAACCUCCCCGUCAACCCCGAGGACGGCUUCCGCAUCAAGGACCUGCACGGCAACCCUGUUGACGGCCAGCAGCCUGGACUGUGGCUCAACAACGCCCACAACGGCGGCCAGAUCGGCAAGACCGUGCACUGGGACAAGGCGGGCGAGUUCUCCCUCACCAAGUGGCCCUGCGGCAAGUACUGCCUGACCGGAUACGACAACGGUCUGGGCGUUGCCUAUCCCGCCCUGACCCCUGCCUUCACCUUCAUGACCUAUGACCAGCAGUCGUGCAUCCCCAUCGAUAUCACCGAGGUGCCCUGCGACGUCCGUCACCCCAACAACAACUGCAUCUGGAAGAACGGCAAGGACCAGUGCUGCAACUCGGUGGAUUGCACCGCCCAGGUGUAAGUGAACAAAAAAAAAACAAAAACAAAAAACACACUCACAC